UUUCGGAAAAGAAGAAAACCUAAUGUUCAACUGUGCAAGGCCCAUCUUCCAUCUGCUGAUACGAAAUUCCCCCACUUCUCCAAUCCUCACACACCUCAAAACCCUAACCACGAUCACCACCCACCUCCAAAACACUAUCACAUCAAAGAAAGAUGACUAUUUUGCAGUUGUCCACCACAUUUCCGCCAUUGUUUGCCGCGACUUCUACCUUGAACGAACACUCAACAAGCUCCCCAUCUCUGUCACCUCUGAUCUUGUUUACCGAGUCCUCCGGAGCUGCCCCAACUCUGGCACGGAGUCCCUCCGCUUCUUCAACUGGGCUCGCUCCCACCCUUCCUACCAGCCCACCACCCUCGAGUAUGAAGAGCUCCUCAAAACCCUAGCCCGCACCAAACAAUUCCAACCCAUGUGGAAAAUCGCCCACCAAAUGCAGACUCUCUCGCCUACAGUUGUCUCUUCCAUCAUUGAAGAGUUUGGAAAACACGGCCUCGUCGAUCAGGCAGUAGAGGUCUUCAACAAGGCGAAAAGUGCUUUAAAUUGCCCCCAAACAAUUGAGGUAUACAAUUCUCUAUUGUUUGCCCUUUGUGAAGUCAAAUAUUUCCAUGGUGCAUAUGCGUUGAUUAGGAGGAUGAUUAGGAAGGGGGUGACUCCGAAUAAGCAGACUUAUUCCGUGCUAGUGAAUGGGUGGUGUGCAGCAGGGAAGAUGAAGGAGGCACAGGAUUUCUUGGAGGAGAUGAGUAGGAAGGGGUUCAAUCCACCAGUGCGAGGCCGGGACCUUUUGGUUGAUGGGUUGUUGAAUGCUGGAUAUUUGGAAGCUGCAAAGGAGAUGGUGAGGAAGAUGACCAAGGAGGGUUGUGCGCCAGAUGUAGAGACCUUGAAUUCAAUGUUGGAGGCAAUUUGUAAAGCAGGGGAGGCUGAGUUCUGCAUUGACAUUUAUAAUGAUGUGUGUGGAUUAGGAGUUUCUCCCAAUGUGGGUACAUAUAAGAUUAUGAUUCCUGCAGCAUGCAAAGAGGGUAGAAUUGAUGAGGCCUUUAGGAUUUUCCAUCGUUCUAUUGAGGAUGGACAUAGGCCAUUCCCCAGUUUGUAUGCACCAAUUAUUAAGGCACUCUGUAGGAACGGUCAGUUUGAUGAUGCAUUUUGUUUUUUCAGUGAUAUGAAGGUUAAGGGGCAUCCGCCCAACCGGCCAGUUUACACUAUGUUGAUAACAAUGUGUGGGCGGGGAGGUAGGUUUGUGGACGCUGCCAAUUAUUUGGUGGAGAUGACUGAAUUGAAUUUGACGCCAAUUUCCCGGUGCUUUGAUAUGGUCACUGAUGGAUUGAAGAAUUGUGGGAAGCACGACCUGGCUAGGAAGAUAGAACAAUUAGAAGUGUCUCUUCGGGGUGUAUGAUAUAGCAAUUAACAGUUCAAUUAAACCAUACUAUCUUAUCUGAUGCAAGGUGCAUUUUCUAAGCUUAAGACCAUGAUGAAUAAAUACCUCACGAGAAGGAAAGGGGUCAAUGCUAGAAAGAUAUGAACCUCUUUCAAGGGGGCUCCCAUUUCCGCCAUUGGUGCUGUUGAUUAGGGAUGGAAGGGCAUGAUACUCUCAUCUCCUUCCCAUACACAGGUUUUGGAUUGAGUCGCAUACAAUGAUCUCCCUCAGCAGCUGGCAAAAAAUGACAAGUGUUUUAUCAGAUAUUUAUUUUUGCUGAUAUGUGAUAACAUAUGCCUUCAUUCCAUUGUAUUCGUGUUCCUCCAAAAUUGCUUAGUUUUUAUGUUGGUUAUAAGUUAGAAGUGAAAGCAGGUACAUGCUGCUGACAAUCUUUCUCAUGACUUAUUAAUAUACACUGGGCAACUGUACCAUAUCGUCUAUCGAGCGAUAGACAUGUAACAUUCAGUCGCUGAUCACAGGUACCUUUGCUGGUGAAAGUCAAGGCGUUAUCAUCAUUUCAUCAGGCUUUCGCAUCAUGUCUCUGUAUCUGUACUUGUUUUGGGUUCCAGGUUCUGGGCUUAUCAUCUGCCCGGUAUUUUUCCUGGAAACUGGAGCUUUUAAUACAAGUAUAGCAAAAGAUAACUGAUUCAGUCA